AUGUCUUUUAACACUACAGCACUACCGUCCAAUUCGACUACUCGAACGCAACCAAUACGUCGCGAUCCUUCAAAUCCUCCUUGCAAGAAAUUUUCACCUCGAACAACCAAUAACAUUAACAAUAAUGGCAUUCUAAACACUGCAUCUAAUCCAGUAAUAAAAUUUGUUAACUCUCCUGGUGGUGUAGUCAUGGAUUCAGACCUGCAAAAAAAGAUUGAUGAUAAUGUGAAAAGUUCGAUGAAUGACGAUAAUUUAAUAAAUUCAAAACCUUUUCCGUUGACAAACGCAUGGACUUUUUAUCAUGACAAAUUUGUUGCUAACGCCUCUCCAGAAGAAUAUCAAGAAAAUCUAAAAAGCCUUGGAACGGUGACAACUGUACAGAAUUUCUGGAGUCUUUAUCAUUAUAUUCCAGGGCCUGAAACACUACUUCUAAAGAACAGUCUCCAUUUUAUGAAAGGAGGUAUCAAACCUAUAUGGGAAGAUCCACGUAAUGUGAAUGGAGGUGCGUGGUCUUUUCGUGUCAAUAAGCAACAAACGGCAGAAGUGUGGCGGGAAUUAUUAAUGCUUUUGAUCGGAGAACAAUUUGAAGAAUUUGUCAGUGUUGAUGAUGAUAUUUUCGGAUUAACCGUCUCGUCACGAUACAAUUCCGAUAUCUUUACAAUUUGGAAUAAAAAUGCCAAUGUUCAUGAAGAAUCCAAUGUUUUAGAUCGAUUAUCCAUUAUGCUAAAACCAAUAGAGUUGCAACUUCCUUAUUAUAAAGCACAUCGAGAGCAUGCAGCAUUCAAGAGAACAAAUUCGUCAAGAAAUGGCAAAUAG